GGCCCUCUUCCCACUCUCCCCCUGCCCGGGCUCCGCGCUGAGCUCCGCGGCGGCGGAGGCCGGUCUCCCGGCACGCGCGGAGCUGGGGGACCCAAGGGCUGCGAGCGGCGCGGAUGGGCGGGGACCUGAGCCUGAGUGGCUGGCGGGGAGGGGGAACGGCGGGGGCGGAGGCCCCCUCCCGGCGGCGCUGAGGCUGUAGCGGCGAGAGGCCGGGAGGGGAGGGGAGAGUGACAGGCAGCGAGGAGAGGAGCCAAUGUAUAUAAGGAAGGCUCCCGGGCGCGCAGGUUUCAGUAGCGGCGCUGAGCGCGGCUGGGAUCCCGAGGCCGGGAGCGGCAGCAGCUCCCUCCGCCUCCGUGCAGCGCGCCCGGGCACCCGCCGGCCUGCAGCCCCGGGAUCAGCCGGAGGACACCUCCUCAGCGCGGCCGCCGCCCCGCCGCCCUCACCUGGAUUACCUCCCGCGGCGAUCUGAGCGGACCUAGCGGGGAGCCGCGGCGGCUGGGAGCCUCGGAGCGGAGCCUGGCUUCUCAGAGACUCCUCCGCGGGGGGACGCACGGGGAGGCGGCGUCCCGGACCGAGCCAGCUUCAGGGCGGGCGGGCGGAGAGAGCGACGCCCCGGGGAAUGGCAGCCGCCUCCAGUAGCGCGUCUGGCUGGGCGCUACUGUUGCUGGUGGCACUUUGUCCGCAGCGCGCGGCCGGCUCCGGCGUCUUCCAGCUGCAGCUGCAGGAGUUCUCCAACCAGCGCGGCGUGCUGGCCAGCGGGCUGCCCUGCGAGCCCGGCUGCCGCACCUUCUUCCGCGUCUGCCUCAAGCACUUCCAAGCCGUCGUCUCGCCGGGGCCUUGCACCUUCGGCAGCGUCUCCACACCUGUGCUGGGCACCAACUCCUUCGUGGUCGGGGACGACAGCAGCGGCGGCGGACGCAACCCUCUCCAGUUGCCUUUCAACUUCACCUGGCCGGGCACCUUCUCGCUCAUCAUCGAGGCUUGGCACGCGCCGGGAGAGGACCUGGGGCCAGAGGCCAUGCCACCAAACGCGCUCAUCAGCAAGAUCACCAUCCAGGGCUCCCUCGCGGUGGGCCAGAACUGGUUACUGGAUGAGCAGACCGACCCUCUCCCGACAAGGCUGCGCUACUCGUACCGCGUCAUCUGCAGCGACAACUACUACGGGGACAGCUGCUCACGCCUGUGCAAGAAGCGCAAUGACCACUUCGGCCACUACGUGUGCCAGCCAGAUGGCAGCCUGGCCUGUCUGCCGGGCUGGACUGGGGAGUACUGCGAACAGCCCGUCUGCCUUUCUGGCUGCCAUGAACAGAACGGCUACUGCAGCAAGCCGGGGGAGUGCACCUGCCGCCCGGGCUGGCAGGGCCGGCUGUGCACCGAAUGCAUCCCCCACCACGGCUGCAGCCACGGCACUUGCACCACCCCCUGGCAAUGCACCUGUGAGGAGGGCUGGGGCGGCCUGUUCUGUGACCAGGAUCUCAACUACUGCACCCACCACUCCCCCUGCAAGAACGGGGCCACCUGCUCCAACAGCGGGCAGCGGAGCUACACCUGCACCUGCCGCCCCGGCUACACCGGCGUGGACUGUGAGCUGAAGCUCAGCGAGUGUGACGGCAACCCCUGUCGCAACGGAGGCAGCUGCAAGGACCAGGAGGACGGCUACCGCUGCGUGUGCCCCCCGGGCUACUUCGGCGCGCACUGUGAGACCAGCAGCUUGAGCUGCGCCAACUCCCCGUGCUUCAACGGGGGCUCCUGCCGGGAGCGCAGCCAGGGCACCAGCUACGCCUGCGAGUGCCCUCCCGACUUCACGGGCUCCAACUGCGAGAAGAAAGUGGACAGGUGUACCAGCAACCCGUGUGCCAACGGGGGCCAGUGCCUGAACCGAGACCCCGCCCGCCUGUGCCGCUGCCGCCCCGGGUUCACGGGCACCCACUGCGAGCUCCGCAUCAGCGACUGCGCCCGCAGCCCCUGUGCCCACGGCGGCACCUGCCAGGACCUGAAGAAUGGGCUGGUGUGUGCGUGCCCCGCCGGCUUCUCCGGCCGGCUGUGCGAGGUGCGCCCGCCCGGCGCCCACGCCUGCGCCUCGGGACCCUGCCUCAACGGGGCCACCUGCUACCCCGGCCGCACCCCCGACAGCUUCGUCUGCAACUGUGCCUACGGCUUCGCGGGCGGCCGCUGCGAGUUCCCUGUGAGCGUGCCACCCAGCUUCCCCUGGGUGGCCGUCUCCCUGGGCGCGGGGCUGGUGCUGGUGCUGGUGCUGCUGGGCAUGGUGGCGGUGGCCGCGCGGCAGCUGCGCCGGCGGCCGGACGGCGGAGGCAGGGAGGCCAUGAACAACGUGUCGGACUUCCAGAAGGACAACCUGAUCCCCGCCGCCCAGCUCAAGAACACCAACCAGAAGAAGGAGCUGGAAGUGGACUGUGGCCUGGACAAGUCCAACUGUGGCAAACAGCAGAACCACACGUUGGACUGCAAUCUGGCCCCAGGACCCCUGGGGCGGGGGACGCUGCUGGGGAAGUAUUCCCACAGCGACAAGAGCUUAGGGGAGAAGGCGCCCCUGCGGUUACACAGUGAAAAGCCGGAGUGUCGGAUAUCAGCGAUAUGCUCCCCCAGGGACUCCAUGUAUCAGUCCGUGUGUUUGAUAUCAGAGGAGAGGAACGAAUGUGUCAUUGCCACCGAGGUAUAAGGAGAAGCCUCCCAGGACAUCCCAGCUUCGCCCAGCGGCUGGACCUUCCUUCUGCAUUGUUUACAUUGCAUCCUGGAUGGGACAUUUUUAAUAUGCAACGUGCUGCUCUCAGGAGGAAGACGGAAUGGCAUGAACUGGACAGACUGUGCACUUGCCAAGAGAUGCAGUACCUUCCGCACCGUUGGGUGUCUGUCUGGCAUCAGAUUGGCAGCCGCACAGCCAGGGGAACGGAGAGGAGGAGGGGUGCCAGCCGCGGCCCUCAGAGGGCUCCUUUGGAGUCCGGCCUGUGUUCCAGGGCGAGUGGCAGUGGUCCUGCAGGGCCUGGAGCCGCCGCUGCCUCCGCUGGCAUCUGUGUUUCCAAAAGUGCCUUUGGCUCGGGCUCCGUGGUGACAGCUGGGUCCGGAUCAGAGAGGAGAGAGGAGGCCGGUCAGGGCAGGGCCGUCCGUGGGCCAGGAAACCACCGGGUGUGGCUGUUGGCAGGGGUUGCCCUGCAGGUGAGGUGAGCACCCAAAGUGGGAGGAGCACUUUCUGCCCACGUGCCUCCAACUGCUGCGUCUGGGCCUUCUUCAGAACACCACCCAGCCCCUCCCUGGGCCAGGCCCACUGGGCACGAACGCGGGUAAGCCUGCCUGGCUUCUGCAGCCUCUGGCUUUGGGUGCCUCUGGGCUCCUGGGAGCAGACAGGUGGAGGGCCAGCCAGGGGUGCCAGGCCCAACGAGGGAGCUCAGGGCGGUGAUGCUGGAAAUGCCAGGAGGGAGAAAUCGGGCUGUCAUCACCCAGGCCCUUUCCUCCCUCAGGCCCAUUCCUAUGGCCUGGAGCCUGAGCUCUCCCCAUGCCCACUACUGCCCCUAGUGGAUCUUCAGAAAUCAAUAAUAUGAGUUUUUAUUUUGUUUGUUUUUUUUGUAGUUUAUUUUGGAGUCUAGUAUUUCGAUAAUUUAAGAACCAGAAGCACUGACAUUUCUACAUUUUAUAACAUUAUUUUGUAUAUAAUGUGUAUUUAUAAUAUGGAACAGAUGUGUAUAGGAGUUUAUUA